AUGAUUCAGCUCUCCGCUGAGAUGGGGCUCAAAGCCUCACUGGGGAUAUUUCUUUUGACUUGCAUGCUUUUAACGACUUCCUAUACGACGACAUUCGCUUUUGACCGGCCCCACCAUACGCUCAUCUUUGCGUCCUUUCUCUCGGGUGUAUCGCUCCUGAUUUUAAGCAGAUUCGAUACCACUAUUCCACGCAUAUCCCAACCUCAGCACAAAUACACUGCCAUCCCUCUUGGCGAACGCGUUGAUCGGCCAUCAAUAGACGCGCCUUUCUCGUUAAGCAGUCCGAUCAGUGAUUCCUUCCUUACAAAAUCAGGUAGUCGCAAGUGGUGGACCAAGAUUGCCUUGCUAUCGGUGCUUGGCUGGAUAAGGAUAGAGCUGUAUCGCCAGGUGACCGUCAAGAUUGAGUGCGCGCCAGCCGGAUACGCAGGAGUUGCUGCCUUUUGGACCGUGAUCGCAAUCAUUCUCGCUAUUCGGGCCAGAGGUCAGAAUGACGGCUUUGUCAUCUCUCAUUACUUACGAAGCGCAUUCAAUCAAGGUCUGCUGAUGACGCUCCUUGUGCUUUCCGCUUCUCAGCUUAUAGCAAUAUACGACAUAAUUGGAAUUUCCAUUCUGGCCGGGUUCGUUGUCGGUUGCUUCUCGCUGACCGCUACACUGUUCGAUGGACAAGAGCCCUUUCCCUUGAUCUAUUCGUCACAUGCUUUCGCCUCCCUACUUGCUACCUUUCUUGGGGGUGUGUUGUAUUUGUGUGGGCGUACGGCAUCCAAUGAAGAACCACCUUUCUUAUACAGAGCAAACAUUGUGAUGCGAGUGUGCUUCUCGGCACUAUUCGGCAUUGGCAUCAUCCUGGUCGCCAGUCAGCCAGUGGUGACAAACCUCCAUACGAUUGAGCUGUUGAUAUAUGAUAGCAUAAAACAUCACGCCACAUGGUCUUCUCAGGCGAAAAGCAGCCAGAGUCUUGCCGAUGCUGUUGCGAACUAUCGGAAACGAUAUAAUCAGCAUCCCCCACCGGGCUUUGAUAAAUGGUACGAAUACGCCACCAGUAGGUCUUCCGUCGUGAUCGAUGACUUUGAUCAAAUUCAUAUGGACCUUCUCCCGUUCCGUGCAUUGUCUCCUGGGAGGAUCCGGGACUUGACGCGUGAUUUGGCCACCAACCCGUUCAACGACAUUGGAGCGAUCAGCAUUAGAAAUGGCACACCCAGAGUACAGGAGGGGAUCAAACCAACUCAUGCGUGGAUGGUUCAGGGUGCUGCGAAAAUGAUUGAGAACUUCUCUCAAUAUUUACCCGACAUGGAUCUGGCUUUCAACCUAAACGACGAACCACGCGUGGCCGUGCCCUGGGAGGAGGCAUCCAAGUUGGAAACGGAAGCAAGAGCCCAUGGCCCGGCUCCCGAUGAUAGCGUACUGACCGUAUGGUCGGCAGACCGUGGCAUGGAGUGGGCUCCUAUAGAGCCAGCCGAUCAAACGGAUGAGACAGUUUUUACAGAAAGCUCCAUGCAACCUAUUUUCAACCGGUAUGUCAGCCCGCUGUGUCCUCCGUCGUCGAAAGCUCGGUCUCAACGAAUCUGGGACCGGCGUCACAUUUGCCUGGACUGUGUGCGGCCGCAUUCGAUGGGUCAAUUUCCCUUAGAUGCGAACAGCAUGACCGACAUAUGCCAUCAACCAGACCUCGCUUCGCUUCACGGAUUUUUCAUUUCUCCUGCAUCCUUCAAAGUGUCCCGAGAGUUGACGCCUGUUUUCAGCCAGAGCAAGGUGUCUGGAUUCAAUGAUAUUUUGUUUCCUAGCCCGUGGAACUAUAUGGAUAAGAUCAAGUACGAGCCAUCUGAUGAGUAUCCUGACCAGGAGUACGUGAAGAAGGAGAACACCCUUUUCUGGAUUGGCAGCACAUCCGAGGGAAUGAGCCGGUCAGGGGAAUGGAAAGGAAUGCCUCGCCAGCGCUUUGCGCACCUCGUCAACAACAAUACGCUGAGUCAUGUAUCGGUCUUGCUGCCUGUUGAAGGUACCGAUAGCUAUAAGUAUCAGGUCCUGGACGGCUCAGCUCCGACAAAUCUCCUCGGAUUGAACGCCACUGUCCACAUCCUGGAUCCUGUUCGAUGCGGCUUGGAUUGCGCCGCGCAGAGGAAAGAGUUGGGCACCACGUCCACGGUAGAUUUCCAGGCCCACUGGAAGUAUCGGUAUCUGUUUGACCUAGACGGCGCGGGCUUCAGUGGUCGAUUCCUUCCGUUUUUACAAAGUCACAGUCUGCCCUUCAAGACUGGCUUGUUUCGACAGUGGUUAGACCGGCGGGUUACUCCCUGGCUACACUAUGUUCCUGUUGAUGUUCGUCUGCACGGAGUUUGGAGCACCCUGGCCUACUUUGCGGGAGUCGACGUGCCAGUCCCCGGAGACCCCAACGGUCAGCGCAAAGUCUUGAUGCAGCGACAUGAUGAUCGGGGCAAGUAUAUUGCCGAAGAGGGACGCAAGUGGGCCGAGAAAGCCCUGCGGAAGGAGGACAUGGAGAUCUACUUCUUCCGCCUUCUGUUAGAGUGGGGGCGACUGACGGAUGACAACCGAGAUAUGCUUGGAUUUAAGAUAUGA